GAAAAACACAGACAUAACAGCAGGAGUGAUCUAAACCUUCUACACGCAAACAUUUCGCCGAAAUCACUGCUGAGCAGACACAAAGAUUCGUGUUAGAUUCAUUUUAAAGUGGAUUUCCGUAAUCAGCCAUGGAAGAACUCACGGCGUUCGUGUCGAAAUCCUUCGAUCAGAAAAGCAAGGAGACCAGCAAAGAGAGCAUCACGUACAGGGAAGUUUUGGAGAGUGGUUUAGCCCGAGCUAGAGAGCUGGGAAACUCGGAGACCAACCUUCAGGAGAUUACAGAAACCAACAACAACCAUUGUCCGGUACACCUUUACAAGGAGCACGUAGACCUGGAAAAGGAGAAAUUGAAGGAGUUUAACGUGACACGGGCUGCUGACGGAAUUUACGACUGCAAAGACAAGAAGGAGGAUGUGAAAUCAGAGGACGAGGACGCACAGAGUAAACUGAAGCAGAGACGGAGCAGGACAAAUUUUACCUUAGAGCAGCUGAAUGAACUGGAGCGCUUAUUUGAUGAGACGCAUUACCCGGACGCCUUCAUGCGGGAGGAGUUGAGUCAGAGACUGGGGCUGUCUGAGGCCCGCGUGCAGGUAUGGUUUCAGAACAGAAGAGCGAAAUGCCGAAAACAGGAAAAUCAAAUGCACAAAGGUGUUAUUUUGGGCACCGCGAGUCACCUGGACGCGUGCAGGGUAGCUCCUUACGUCAAUAUGGGCGCACUCCGAAUGCCAUUUCAACAGGUCCAAGCUCAGUUACAGUUGGAGGGGGUCGGAACACACUCCCAUCCUCAUCUGCACCCACACCUCGCGGCCCACGCUCCCUAUCUGAUGUUCCCGCCCCCGCCCUUUGGAUUACCGAUCGCGUCGCUGGCAGACUCGGCCUCUGCAGCGGCCGCCGUGGUAGCGGCUGCCAAGAGCAAUAGCAAGAACUCCAGCAUCGCCGACCUGCGACUCAAGGCAGGACUUCUUGGAGGCCACUGGCUCAGCCCUUUCCAGGCACAGAUCACAGCCCCAGGACCAUACAAAAAUGUCUGGAUGUCUGUCUGAAAACCAGCGUUUAGGAGAGAAGACUUUUAAAAAAAAAGCAAAGGCAGACACAGAGUGAGGCUAGAGGUUGUGUUUUUACGGACAGACACUGAAACUUUGGAAUCUCAACCUCAAAGUGAAAAGAAAGAGACGGCCAUAUUUGCCUCCUACCACUGUGCCGCUGCCUAGUGCACGUGCUCAAUUGAAGGAUAGACCUAUUGGGGCUGGCCUCCAUUGUAACUGACAUACAUCUAUGUUGAUCACUGCCAUGAUAACCCUCCACUACAAUUCAUAUCUAAAGCCGUUAUUUGCAUUUUUGAUUUUUUUUUUCUUCUCUUUUUUUUGGUCAUUCUGCUGUGGACAAAGACUGGAAACAGCAAUAACAUCAAUGGCACAAUCGCCUGGUUUUUAGUGGAAUUCUUAUGAUUCUUUCUGUUUUAGGAGGAAAUGUUGCAUUGCUGUUAUUUCCUUCUGGGCAUGUGUAUGGACUUUUAGCUUUCAUUCUCAUAUUUUGUGCUCUCUUUUUUAUGUGAUGUGUCCUGGAAUAGAAGUGAACCUAGCUUUUGCACUUCAGGUCUUGUAUUAAGGUGUUUACAAUCCUUAACGCAAGAUAUACUACUUUUAUGUAAGGGGGAAACAAAUUUGGCUUUCGUUUCGCUGAAAUACAUUUAAAAUCCCCUUUUCUGUUUGUUUCAAAAAGGAUAAACAGUAACUGCAACUUUGUAAUUUAACAUUUUAAGAAACAUCAGUUUAACUGAAAUGCAAUUAUGUGCAGUUAAGUGCAAUACUGUAAAUAUGGAAAACGUAAUAUAGCGGUUGAUGUUUGCUAAUUAAACAAUGAUUUUUAAGUUGUUGGGUUUUCGGCACUGA